GACCGGCCCGGUCCGACCGCGGCCGCGCACUGCAAGGCCUCGGAGAGGCGGGUCCGGCUCCCGGUGUGGCGGCGGCGGCGCCUGGCGCUGGCAGAUCAUCUGGAAGACACCAUGAGUGUUAAAGCUUUCAAGCUCGUUUCUGCUGUUGAGCGGGAGAUGUUAAUGGGAGACAAAAAUUACAUCAACAUCGAAUGCAUUGAGUGUUGUGGAAAGAACCUCUAUAUUGGAACCAAUGACUGCUUCAUCUACCACUUCCUGUUGGAUGAGAAGAUCUCAACAGCUGGAAAAAUAACUUUUGCUGCCACCAAGCAACUGCAUAAAUACUUGGGCUUGAAGAAGCCUGUGACUGAGUUGAAAGCAGCCUCUGCCCUCACCAGGCUUCUUGUGCUUUGCGACAACACGAUAACACUAGUUAACAUGAUGAACUUGGAACCUGUCCCCACUGGUGCUAGAAUCAAAGGAGCUGUGACAUUCACGUUAAAUGAAAACCCUGUGAGUGGGGAUCCUUUUUGCGUGGAAGUCUGCAUCAUCUCAGUCAAGCGGCGCACCAUUCAGAUGUUCAUGGUGUUUGAAGACAGAGUCCAGAUAGUGAAGGAAGUAUUUACUCCAGAGCAACCCUGUGCUGUGGCUGUAGAUGGGUAUUACUUGUGCCUGGCACUCACUACACAGUAUAUAAUUUUGAAUUAUAACACCGGUGUUUCCCAGGAUCUGUUUCCUUAUUGCAGUGAGGAGAAGCGGCCAAUUGUGAAAAGGAUAGGCAGACAAGAAUUUCUCUUGGCUGGCCCUGGUGGCUUAGGGAUGUUUGCAACUGUAGAUGGCAUUUCCCAGCGUGCCCCCGUGCACUGGUCAGAGAACGUGAUCGGAGCCGCUUUGUGCUUUCCUUACGUGGUUGCUCUCGAUGAUGAGUUCAUUACUGUGCACAGCAUGCUGGACCAGCAGCAAAAGCAAACACUGCCUUUUAAAGAAGGUCACAUCCUACAGGACUUUGAAGGAAAGGUGAUUGUUGCUACUAAUAAGGGUGUGUAUAUCUUGGUGCCACUACCUUUGGAAAAACAGAUUCAGGAUCUUCUAACUAGCCACAGAGUGGAAGAAGCCCUUGUUCUAGCAAAAGGAGCUCGAAGGAAUAUUCCUAAAGAGAAAUUUCAGGUAAUGUACAAACGAAUCCUGCAGCAAGCAGGUUUUAUACAGUUUGCACAGCUUCAGUUCCUUGAAGCAAAAGAACUCUUCAGAAGCGGCCAGCUUGAUGUCCGGGAGCUGAUCUCUCUCUACCCCUUCCUGUUGCCUACUUCCUCUUCAUUUAUACGGUCUCAUCCCCCUCUGCAUGAGUAUGCAGACCUCAACCAGCUGACCCAAGGUGACCAGGAGAAGAUGACAAAAUGCAAACAGUUCCUCAUGACUUACUUGAACGAAGUCCGCAGCACCGAGGUUGCAAAUGGCUACAAGGAAGAUAUUGACACAGCUUUACUCAAGCUGUAUGCAGAGGCAAACCAUGAGAGCCUGCUGGAUCUGCUCGUUUCAGAGAACUUUUGUCUUCUAACAGAUAGUGCUGCCUGGCUGGAAAAACACAAAAAGUAUUUUGCCCUUGGUCUCCUCUACCACUACAAUGGUCAGGAUGCUGCAGCACUUCAGUUAUGGGUGAAAAUAGUCGAUGGAGACAUUGAAGAUUCUACACGUUCAGAUCUCUAUGAAUAUAUAGUAGACUUUCUUACCUUCUGCUCUGACCAAGAUCUAGUGUGGAAAUAUUCUGAAUGGGUUUUACAAAAAAAUGAAGAGGUUGGUGUGCAGAUUUUCACUAAAAGGCCUUUGGAAGAACAGGAGAAAAACAGCAUUAAUCCCGAUGAUACAAUCAAUUGCCUUAACAAAUAUCCUAAAGCACGUGUUAAAUAUCUGGAACAUCUAGUAUUGGAAAGGAAAAUAGAGAAAGAAAAGUACCAUACUCAUCUAGCUGUCUUGUACUUGGAGGCAAUACUUCAGCUAAAGUCUGUGUCCACAGAUAAUUGUACAGAAAAAACUGAACUGCUGCUUAAACUACGCAGUCAUCUUCAGAAAUCUGAUCUUUAUAGAAAACACUUCAUUUUGGACAAAAUCCAGGGCACAAACCUUCAUAUGGAAAGUGCAAUUUUAUAUGGGAAACUGGAAGACCAUGAGAAAGCUUUGCAUAUCCUUGUCCAUGAGUUAAAGGACUUCCAUGCUGCUGAAGAAUACUGUAUAUGGAACUCUGAGAACAGAGACCUGCACUACAGACGGAGGCUUUUCCAUAUGCUGCUGACAGUGUAUCUAAAUCCAGGCAGCUCGGAUUCUGCACUGGCCAUGGCUGCUGUGGAUCUCUUGAAUAACCACUCUGCUGAAUUUGAUGCAGCUCUAGUUCUGCAGCUGGUGCCUGACAGCUGGUCAGUGCAGCUCCUCUCCCCGUUCCUGGCUGGAGCAGUGAGGCAAAGCAUUCAUACAAAACGAAUGACUCAGGCUGCACUUGGGUUAGCACAAGCUGAAAACUUAAUCUACAAGUAUGAGAAAGUUAAACAAAAAGGAGCCCCAGUUCUUCUUUCAGACAAGGUCUGUCAGGAAGGAUGAAUGUUAUGGAGACAAGGCAAACACUUAAGAAAUGUCACUUUGCACUGAACGUGGUGUUGAUAAAUUUGUAGAGAAGGAGAUGGCAUCUAUUGGAGUUGGAAUUCUUGAAACAUUACCUGACAAGACUGACAUCAUGCAGCUUACUAUCAAGACAAAAAUGUGUGUUGGUUAUGAUGUUUGCUGCAGCAUGUUCUCUUUUGGGCUGGAUUCUCUUCCCCAGGAUCACAUCACAGACUUGAUUUUCACUCUUCAAAUUGUUUGCUUUUGAUGCACUUUUUAUUACUCCCCCCCCUGCUAUAUAGAGUUUAAAUGUAAGUACUGGUCCAUUAGGUUUCUACUCCUACAGUUACUGUGAUAAACAGAGUGGAAACUGUUUUCCUCAGUCACACAGCUGUGCUUGGAAGAAAACAAAAAAAACCCAAAAGUUAGAUUGUCAGGUCAGACUGUAGUCACUUUUAUAUGGAGGAAGAGACAACUUUAAUAUUGAUUUAUUUAUUAAUAUGCAAAUAUAUUGUACAUACAGUUGAAUAAAUUGAUCUUGUAUCAUUCUAGGGUUUCUUUGGGGAGGAUAAAGAUGUAGCUGUUACAUGAGUGUACAGGUUAAUGUGCUAAAUGUUUGCUGUAACAUAACUUAGGCAGAUUGGAACUCCACGAGACUAAGUUUUAGUACUUGUGGGUGACUUUGUGCAAUCAGAAUCAGGGAAAGAAGUUAAAAAUUGGAAAGAAGUCUACAAAGGUUCACUACAGGGUUGCUGCAUUAUAUUCUACAAAAUAGAAUUCUCUAAGGUUUUUCAAAUAGCAACAAAACCUUUACUAACUGUCUCGAUAAGUAUUCAAAUUGCUAUUUAACUGUUUAAUCAGUUCAAACGAAGCAACUCUCCACAACUCAUUAAAAAUGACAACUUUAAAAAAAACACAAGUAUUUUGAAGCCAAAGCAUUUUUAAUUCUGUAAAGCUCUAAUAAAUACCAUGGUUGCUGACUGGCACACAACUGAGUUAGCAGACUACUCACUGUUUCAGUGUGUCAAAUCAGAGUGGAGACUCAGCAACCAGGGACAUCUGCAUGGUGUCUUCUAGAUGCAGUCUGGCAGAAGUCUCCUGUAAGGGAACAUAGUGCUGUCUCCUGGAAGGGGCAACCAGGCUACAUCUGGGGGACAGAAAAAAAUAUCCAUUUCUUUCUGUUUGAAGCAAAGAGACGUUUGGAUCUUUCUCUUUUCUGACUUUGAAAUUAGAAAAGUAUAGCUGUUGCAUUGGGUUUUAAAAAAUAAAAUCCAAGUGAGGGAUUUUGUAGUGCCUUCUACUAAGACAUAAGCCAUGUGUAGUGACAGGCACCUUCAAAAACAAAUGUGGGCAUUUCUGGCACGAGUCGUUCUCCUGUGUUGCACUGGUGUGAGCAGAUUCUUCUGUAUCUUGUAUUCAUGGAUUUCAGACAUUGUUUACAACUGGCAGUGAUUACAUGGACAAAUUUGUAGUCCCUUAAAUUCAAAAUGUUUGCUGAUAGAGAAGAAGUGGUUUUACAAAGAUCUGGUAAUCCUUUUGUGUAGAGUGGCAUCUGACUUGUAACAAAUGCUUUCCUUUGCUGUGACCAUCCUCAGUAUGCUUUGUCCUUUCUAAUAAGGAGGUAACAAACAUCAUUCUCCAUGAUUUAAACAAAUUCAGGCCACUAGGUAGGGAUGAACUUUCUCUUGCUCAACUAGUGUUGCAGUGGAAGAGAAAUCAUACCCUAGAUCACAAGACAGAUAAUAUUGCUACUGCAUGGUAAAGUACAACUGUAAAAGAUUAAACUGUUCUUUAUUAAUAUUCGGUAUUUCACCAGAUUUGUACUUUGGCUAAAAUGCAGCAACAACAGUAAUUGUACACACAGAACAAGUACAGAAACCAGAGUAAUGCAAAUGCAGAGUAAUGCAGAGUAUUUGCAAUCGUAGAUGACCAAAGGGUGAUUAAUAGUGAAGUUGGGGGAUCUAAUUUAGCCCUGCCCUGAAAUGUGGACUAGAAAAAUACUGACACUUGAUUUGUGGAUUGUUUCCUGUGUCUUGGUUCAGUUUUAUACUAGAACUCGUUUGGAUGAAUUAAUAGGAAAGUCCCACAGUAACAAAAUGAAAAAGCAAAGAAAACCAAUGUGGGACUAAGGCAGAGCAAGAGCUCAGCAGGGAGGUGGAAGGUGGAGGAUGCUCUUCAGUGUACACACAGCACUUCAGCUUAACUGGGGGGAGAUGAGAGCCUACAUCAGAGAGGUGUGUGGUAUGCUCUGCUUUAUCACUAGGAAAUUUAUGAGAAGUCUGCAUUCAUGUUCCCUUAGGUGGGGCAAAUACAACACAUUUUGGGCAAGAGAACACAUUGAAGAAGUUCCUAAGUUCAUUCUUCUUUUUAUUUUGGCACACUCCGUUUGUUGAUUUUUGGUUUGUGUACCUGAAGUCCUGGGACAGAAUUGUUGCUGUGGUAAGUUCCAACAUGGCUGCAGCAGCAAGGAGGGAAUGAAUGGAAAUCUGGUUUUUAUUUGCUGGCUGGAUACAUGAAGGAAGAGAGAGAGGAAAGAGAGCGGUAUUUCUUUGGGAAAUAAAGUGGAUUCUGGGAGUUUAAGCUUGAUGCAAUCUUUUCCUCUCCUGUUAGGGUAUGCUGAGAGAGGAGAAUCUCUGUCAGAAUAUUUAUUAAUUUAGCUCCUUCUAAAUUAUUUGCUUUGAAUUAAUCUCACUUUUUUUUUUUCCAGUGAGCCUUCUCCAACUUUUUAUGUGUAAAACCAAAACAAUAGUGGAGAUACUUUAUUUGAUUGUGUAUCUGUGAUUCAAGGCAUAAUAAAUGAGAUUAGUCUCUCAGACAAAUGCUUUUGCAGAUAAUGAGGCACAUUUGUUUAAGAUGUAUAUUCUAAUUACAGAAAUAUUGCAGAUUUUUUUUUUUUUACAGUUGCUGGUACAUACAAAAAGCACUCAUUAAAUCCUUUUCUACGCUUUCAUAUUUCCACACUCCAUUACAUAAAAAUUACUUAUGACAUCUAUAUGUCAUCAUAUGCAGUCAAAAAGAGAGGAAAAAUAAUAAUGAGAAAAAAUUUCCCAGAAUCUAGCACUCUGCUUGAAAUAAGAUUAAUGGCUGUAUAUUUAGAAGAGUUUGUUAGAUCUUCAUUUCUGUGAUUUAAACAUGUAAGUUAUCACAUUGAUUAUGCUAUAAGAAUAUUGACCUUGAAAUCUGGAGAAGAGAAGCAAUUGGGUUUUGUUCCACACAGAGCACACAACAGGAAUUAAUGAACUGACUUCUUGGGGCAGCCUGUUCUGUGGUGACUCAGGCGUGCACAGGUGUCUGGGUUAAAAUGAGAACUUCUUUCUUGGCUCCCCCAGCUCCCAGUCUCUGAAAGCUCUCCAGUUUUUGGGGGGUUUGUUUUGUUGUUUUUUUACAUUAUUAAUGUCACUCUUCUAGCACUUAAUUGUCAUGGGUAUAAAUCUUGAAUUCUGGGUGGACUCCUGAGCACAUCUGGCUUUAUUCAAUAAAAUGUCACUUUAUCACAUCAACCACAUAGGAGCCCAAUAAUUGCAUCUGUGGCAAGGUAUUAUUAGGGAUGGAGAAUAUGGAUGUUUUCCCAGACAUUUAUGACAUGUUUGACCACACAAGCAUUAUCCUGAUUGCUGAAUCUUUAUAGCAGUGCCCAUUCUUUGCAGGACUCCUGUCCUGAGUGAUAUUUUAUUUAUGCAGUUGUAUUAAGAAGGAACUUCUUAUUUUAUUACUCUUUUGAAUUCAGUCUCUGUUCAGUGUAGCUCUAUUUUUAACAUCCUGCUGUUUAUCAGAGGCAGCAACUAACACAUUUUCAUUGUGAGUUCCUCUUCUGUUGCCUAUAUUUACUAAUUAAUUUUUCUCUUGCUCUGCAACACUUUGGGUCUUUUGCCUUGUGGACACUGAUAAUUAAAUGUGCUGCUACUUUUCAAGGGAAAAGAAGAAAAUAAAUUAAUGGCAUUCUGUAAUGUCUGAUUACAAAACUGAAGUUCCCCUGCAGUAAAUUUGCUCAUAUGGAAUUCCGUACUGUUAAUGCUUUCUGACUUAAUAGUUAUGUUGGUGACCAUGUACAGCAGUAUGUGGAAUGUACAAAUGUAUAAAUAUGUUGAUUUUUAAUAAAAAAAAUCUUUUAAUUA